CAGAAGUGAGCCCCACACACCCAACCCCAACACCCAUCACUUCUCCUCUCAAGAAUCAAAACAAAGGCUAGGCCUCUUCAUUUCCAUCCUUCACAGUUCCAGAACACUUCCUUCUUCUUCCUUUUCUUCUUUCCCUUUCCCAGCCAUAACAAUCAACCAAACGCGCCCUGCCCCAAAAGUGCUUCUGGAAAACUGCUUUUCUACAUUCCGGAGAAAGCCGAAUAGCAUAUACGUGAUGCUGCAGCUGCUCUUCACCCUAGCGUUCUCGGCGGUCCCGUUGACCCUGUACGUGCCGCCGGUCAGGAACCUGAACCUGUUCAUGGGGGCGAUGGAGGACCUCGCCCAGGAGUCGCGUGUGUACAGCCGCCGCGUAGUCCCGCGCGUCCGCCGCGCUUGGCUCCGCGUCCUGGACUGCCUCCUCUGCUACCACCUUGACGACUAGGCCGGUUUUGUUAGGCCGUGGUGGUCCGUAGAUAAGUUCGUUUCGAUCUGUAAAUAUGUUCGUUUCGUUGUUUGUUAGUUUUUACUAUGCAGGUUUUCGAAUUGUUCGCAAAGAGAUGAGAGACAAUAGAUAUAGUUCUGAAUUAGAUCAAUCGUUAAUCCUCAACAGUAUCAUUAUCAUCUUCUUCUUCUUAUUCUUGUUCUCAUUUGACCGUAUGAUCUUCGGGGAGGAGUCGGAGUAAUACCGGAUACAAUUAAAUUCUA